GUGGGGUCAGUGAUGGGGUCAGUGGUGGGGUCAGCGAUAGGGUCAACGAUGGGUCAGUGAUGGGUGAGCAGUGAGGUCAGAGAUGGGUCAGUGAUGGGGUCAGUGGUAGGGUCAGCAAUGGGGUCAAUGAUGGGUCAAUGAUGGGUCAGCAAUGGGGUCAAUGAUGGGUCAAUGAUGGGUCAGUGAUGGGGUCAGUGAGAGGGUCAGUGAUAGGUGAGCACUGGGGUCCGAGAUGGGUCAGUGGUGAGGUCAGUGGUGGGGUCAGCAAUGGGGUCAGCGAUGGGUCAGUGAGAGGGUCAGUGAUGGCUGAGCAAUGGGGUCAGCGAUGGGUCAGUGAGAGGGUCAGCGAUGGCUGAGCAGUGGGGUCAGAGAUGGGUCAGAGAUGGGGUCAGUGGUGGGGUCUGUGAUGGGGUCUGUGAUGGGCGAGCGGUGGGAUCAGUAAUGGAUGAGCAGUGGGGUCAGAGUUGGGUCAGUGAUGGGUGAGCAGUGGGUCAGCAGUAUGGUCAGUGAUGGGUGGGCAGUGGGGUCAGUGUUGGGUUAGUGUUGUCGGUGAGGGUCAGUGGGGUGGGGAUCUGUGUUCAGGAGGUGCAGCCGUGAGGCGGGAGCUGCAAUCAGCUGGGUGAUGCCAUUUCAAUGUCUGUGUGUGAGUGCUGUGUGGUUUGGGGCAAUCGGGGUGCAGGCAGGCUGAGUGCCCGUGUGGGAGUGCAGCGUGGGAAGUGGGGGUGCUGUGUGGGGCCCUGGACAGACGUGUCAUUCACAGCGGGGAAGCAGAACCAGGCGCUGUGGUUGGUCAUGAGCCUGGGCUGCUUCCUGCUGCGCUGGCACCCGGGGCAAAGGAGCCAGCAGCGGCAGGCAGGUGAGAAGAAUGGGUUCUGUGUCCGAGGAGCUCAGCUUGGUCCCCUUGCACCAGAGGCCGGAGCUGCUGGAAGCCUGUGCCAAGCUGCUGGGCGAGGAGUGGGGGAAGAGCCGGGCGUCGCGGCUCCACACGCUGCAGCGCUCCUCGGACGCCUUUCCCACCUGCCUGCUGCUGCUGCGGGGCCGGGGCCCCAGCGAGACCCCCGCCGCCCGGGAGGGGCCCUGCGAGCUCGUGGGCCACGUGCGACUCUCCCGCGUGGCCGGCCGUCCCCGUGACCUCUUCGUGGAGAGCGUGGUGGUGGCCCGGGCGCUGCGGGGCCAGGGCUAUGGGCGCCGGCUGAUGGAGGCCACUGAGCAGUGGGCCCGGGCCCGGGGCUUUCGCUGCCUGCACCUCACCACCCACGACAAGCAGCACUUCUAUGCCCACCUGGGCUUUGUCCUGGGCGAGCCGGUGCAGAGCGUGGCCUUUCUCAGCCCGGCCAUAUCCUCUGAGGUGCUGCGGCUCUUCUCCGCCCCUUCUGGGGCUGCCAGUGCCACCACCACCAGGCCGUGGGUACCCGCUGCCCCCCCGCCUCCCCUGCCGCCCCUCACUGUCCCCCCACCACCUCCCCCACCGACUGUCAUCUGGGCGAGGGGUGUCCUGGCUGAGAGCAGCGAGCAGAGCCUCCUGGAGUCCCCGCACCGCGAUGCCAAAGGGCUCCCCAUCUUCUGGAUGAAGAAGGACAUCUGAGGG